CAUUUCAGAGAGGAGCGCGACCGCCAUUUUGAGUCUUAGCUCUUGCUGCACAUCAGGAACCAAACGGGAGCCGUGAGUGUGAGAGAGGUGGUGAGUCGCUGUAGCCGUGACCGGGCAAAAACACAGAGAGAAAUACACACGCUGUAGUUUUAGUUAGAAAACCUAUGAAGUGCACCUUGUAGUGAAAGGUUUGUGUUCACCUUCUGUGCGCUAACGUCCGAAGAGCAGCGCGAGCGUCUUUUGUCGGUUUAAACUUUAAAUGAGUGCGGAUUUAAUUUAACAAUCCGGUUUGAAUGGAUUGCAUUUUUCGCCGCUCCCCCCUAGAAGAGGGACAAUCGGAGGAGCACACGGACUGGGAAUAUUGCGAGGGAAGUUAAACAUUUCCUCACAAAUCGCAUGACUCGCUUGUUAUUGUUUUUUUUUUUUUUUUGGUGUAUUAACGUUUAUGCUAGUUUACGCUAACUAGCAUCGGCUAGCGAUAUACAGGCUAUUUGUUUUCUCUUGAAAACGGUUUGUUAUUUUUUCUUUUAUAAUUUGGGCCUCGUUGUUGUUGUUAUUGUUAUUAUUUGUGCAGACUGUUUAAGAGUUUAAGCUCGCACUGUGUGGCCGCUCGCUCAGUCUGCCAUUAAAAGGCGCCGAGAUUGGGCGAAUAGCGAGCAAGUACGUCCGCGUUUCUCUGCCCGCGCCCCCGCCGGCCUCCCUCCCUCAUUCCACGGCGCCGACCUCAGGAAAGACCGAGGUCGCGUCAGAACAGGCCCGGUUCGACCCGUGCAGCCCCGCUCCUUACCCGCAUCCUCAGACUCCGUUCGCUACGGAUCCCAACCCGGACAAGGGCGUGGGAACUCAAGACGACGACGGCAGCAACCGUGGUAUCACAAACAUGAACCAUCACCACCAUCAAACGCAGCAGCAGCAACAGAAAGCCGGCGAGCAGCAGCUCAGCGAGCCCGAGGACAUGGAGAUGGAAGCCGGUGACACGGAUGAUCCCCCAAGAAUCCCUCAAAAUCCGGUCAUCAACGGGAAUGUGGCAAUGGCAGACGGUCACAACAACACAGAAGAAGACAUGGAGGACGAUACGAGCUGGCGUUCCGAGGCCACGUUCCGCUUCGUGGUGGAGCGCUUCAGCCGACUCAGCGAGUCGGUGCUCAGCCCGUCGUGUUUCGUAAGGAACCUGCCUUGGAAGAUCAUGGUCAUGCCUCGCUUCUAUCCCGACCGGCCUCACCAGAAGAGCGUUGGCUUCUUCCUGCAGUGCAACGCCGAGUCCGACUCCACGUCAUGGUCAUGUCAUGCUCAAGCCAUGCUGAAAAUCAUCAACUACAAGGACGACGAGAAGUCGUUCAGCCGGCGCAUAAGCCACCUGUUCUUCCACAAAGAAAACGACUGGGGUUUCUCCAACUUCAUGUCAUGGAGCGACGUCACCGACCCGGAGAGAGGCUUCGUAGAAGACGACAAGGUCACGUUCGAAGUGUCCGUCCAGGCUGACGCUCCUCACGGCGUGGCGUGGGAUUCGAAGAAGCAUACAGGAUACGUAGGAUUAAAGAACCAAGGAGCCACGUGCUACAUGAACAGCCUGCUGCAGACACUGUUUUUCACCAACCAGCUCCGGAGGGCGGUUUACAUGAUGCCCACCGAGGGAGACGACUCCUCCAAAAGUGUCCCCCUGGCAUUGCAGAGGGUCUUCUACGAACUCCAGCACAGCGAUAAACCCGUCGGCACCAAGAAGCUGACCAAGUCUUUUGGGUGGGAGACGUUGGACAGUUUCAUGCAGCACGACGUCCAGGAGCUGUGCAGAGUGCUUUUGGACAACGUCGAGAACAAGAUGAAGGGGACGUGUGUGGAAGGAACCAUCCCGAAGCUCUUCAGGGGCAAGAUGGUGUCCUACAUCCAGUGUAAGCACGUGGAUUACAGAUCUGAGCGAAUAGAGGAUUACUACGACAUCCAGCUCAGCAUAAAGGGAAAGAAAAACAUCUUCGAGUCGUUUAAAGAUUACGUGGCAGUGGAGCAGCUCGACGGGGAUAACAAGUACGAUGCAGGGGAGCACGGCCUACAGGAAGCCGAGAAGGGCGUGAAGUUCCUGACUUUUCCUCCCAUCCUGCACUUACAGCUCAUGAGGUUCAUGUACGACCCCCAAACCGACCAAAAUAUUAAGAUCAACGACAGGUUUGAGUUUCCCGAUCAGUUACCGCUGGACGAGUUCCUGCAGAAGCCGGAUGUGAAGGACCCGGCCAACUACAUCCUGCAUGCCGUGUUGGUGCACAGCGGAGACAACCACGGUGGCCACUACGUCGUCUAUCUCAACCCAAAAGGAGACGGCAAAGUGAGUGUCACGGAGCCAAUAUGGUGCAAGUUUGACGACGACGUCGUUUCCCGGUGCACUAAAGAAGAGGCCAUCGAGCACAACUACGGCGGCCACGACGAUGACCUCUCGGUGCGCCACUGCACCAACGCUUACAUGUUGGUCUACAUCAGAGAGUCCAAGCUCAGCGAGGUGCUGCAGCCGGUCACAGACAUGGACAUCCCUCAGCAACUGGUGGAGAGGCUGCAGGAGGAGAAGCGGGUGGAGGCUCAGAAACGGAAGGAGCGACAGGAAGCUCAUCUCUACAUGCAAGUGCAGAUGGUGACAGAAGACCAGUUCUGUGGUCACCAGGGCAACGACAUGUACGACGAGGAGAAAGUGAAGUAUACGGUGUUCAAGGUGCUGAAGAGCUCCACCCUGGCCGAGUUUGUGCAGAACCUCAGUCAGACCAUGGGUUUCCCACAGGACCAGAUGCGGCUGUGGCCCAUGCAGGCCAGGAGUAACGGCACCAAGCGGCCGGCCAUGUUGGACUACGAAGCAGACUGCAACAAGUCUAUGAUUGACUUGAGCGACAACGAGAACCCCUGGACAAUAUUUCUGGAAACCGUAGAUCCGGAAAUGGCUGCCAGCGGCGCGACAUUACCCAAGUUCGACAAAGACCACGACGUCAUGUUGUUCUUGAAGAUGUACGACUCCAAAACCAGAAGCUUAAAUUAUUGUGGACAUAUCUACACACCUAUAUCCUGUAAAAUACGAGACUUGCUGCCUGUCAUGUGUGAAAGAGCAGGGUUUCAGCAGGGAACUAGUCUUAUCCUCUAUGAGGAAGUUAAACCGAAUUUAACGGAGCGGAUCCAGGACAUCGACGUCUCCCUGGAUAAAGCUCUGGAUGAGCUCAUGGACGGAGACAUAAUAGUGUUCCAGAAGGAGGACCCAGAAAACGAGACCAGUGAGCUACCAACAGCUAAAGACUACUUCAGAGACCUGUAUCACCGCGUGGACGUCAUCUUCUGUGACAAAACCAUCCACAACGAUCCCGGCUUCGUCGUCACACUAUCCAACAGAAUGAACUACUUCCAGGUGGCGAAGACUGUGGCACAGAGGUUAAACACUGACCCCAUGCUCCUACAGUUCUUCAAGUCACAAGGGUACAGAGACGGCCCGGGGAACCCACUCAGGCACAACUACGAGGGAACUCUCAGAGACCUGCUGCAGUUCUUCAAACCCCGGCAGCCCAAGAAGCUCUACUACCAACAGCUCAAGAUGAAGAUCACAGACUUUGAAAACCGGAGGAGCUUCAAGUCCAUAUGGCUCAACAGUCAGUUUCGGGAGGAGGAGAUCACACUAUACCCAGACAAGCAUGGCUGUGUUCGAGACCUUCUCGAGGAAUGUAAAAAGGCUGUGGAGCUCUCAGACAAAGGCUCAGAGAAGCUCAGGCUGUUAGAAAUCGUAAGCUACAAAAUAAUCGGGGUUCACCAAGAGGACGAGCUCCUAGAAUGUUUAUCCCCCGCAGCCAGUCGGACGUUCAGAAUAGAGGAAAUCCCUCUGGACCAGGUGGACCUGGAUAAGGAGAACGAGAUGCUGAUUCCGGUCGCACAUUUCCAUAAGGAGGUCUUCGGGACGUUUGGAAUUCCGUUCCUGCUGAAGAUCCGUCAGGCCGAGCCCUUCAGAGAGGUCAUGAAGAGGAUCCAGAGCAUGCUAGACAUCCAGGAGAAGGAGUUUGAAAAGUUUAAGUUUGCGAUCGUGAUGAUGGGACGGCACCAGUACCUCAACGAGGACGACUACGAAGUGAAUCUGAAGGACUUCGAGCCACAGCCAGGAAACAUGUCCCACCCGAGACCUUGGUUAGGGCUUGACCACUUCAACAAAGCGCCGAAGCGAGGGCGUUACACGUACCUGGAGAAAGCUAUAAAGAUCCACAACUGACGCGCUCUCUCUCCCUCUCUCUCUCUCUCUCUCCACCCUAACCCCACCCUUAUUAAAGACUCUAACCAGAAGUUGUGUGUGAGUGUGUGCACCACUUUUUACCACCUGUCCUGCGGUUACACAAGCCCUGCCUAUGAAGUCUUCAGCAAACCAGAGUUCCUGCUCAUCUUCUUUUUUCCCCUCCUCCCCCCCCCUCCCCUCCAAGCUCUUUGAUUCAACUGUCGCCUGCCUGUUUUUGUCUGGGAGAAUGAAUUGAAUUUUAACAAACGGGGAACAGUAUGAACUUUCUAGACAGGUUUAUUGGUGUUGUUGGGUUUUUUUUUUGGUUUUCUUUUUUUUUUCUCUGUUUUUGGUUUUGUUUUCCUUUUUAAUUUUUUGGUUUUAAUGAGUUGUUGUGAAAUUGAAGAAUUGGCAAGCUGCUGUGCGCAUAGUGACGGAGGAAGGAAGGAGGAUGGAAAUAAAAGCUCGGCCAUUUACCAAAAAAAAUAAUAAUAAAAACGAGAUGGAUGGAUGGAUGUCGGGUAUUUAACCAGCUUUUAACCCAAAAAGGAUCCCGCUGAAGGUUAAAGCUUGCUGAUAACUGAAGCUGUUCUGUGUUUUCUCUCUUAUCCCUUAGCGCAAAACUAGUUGUAUGGGUUUUUUUUUUUCUUCAUAUCUUUUUGGUUUGUUUUAUUAUUUUUUUUACUCAAUUCACACUUAAUUAAGAAUUCAGUCGUACCAUUCUCACGGACAACCUGUAAGAUAAAAGUAAAGAUCCACAGCAUCAUUUUAAAGACGAACAGCGAACGAAAAAAAGAAUUGUCUGUAUUUCAUUUUGCACGUUGGCACUUAAUAUCAAAGGUUCUACAUUUCUUCACAGCGGUAAAUGUAAUCUUUGGUCGUGUUUCGGCCCCCGAGGCCCCCCGUGUGUUCUUUUUCUCUUUCUCUCCCCUUCUCCUUAUUGCUCUCUCUCCCCCUUUUUCCGCUUGUCUUUCGUUUUCUCUGUCAUUUUUUGCCGUGGGAUCGGAGGCGUCGUCGCUCCACGUUCGUCCUACGUUAGCAGGAAGCUGCAGACUUUUGCUAGACUGGUUCAGGAUGUAGAGAAACCAGCAUUAAACGAACCAUUUAUCGGGGUUUUUUUUGUUUUCUUUAGUUUUGUUGGUUCCUCCCCCCCCCCCCCCUUUUUUUUCCUUCUUUCCCCAGCACAGGGGGAGGCGUGCUCCCGAGUGCGUAGUCUGCUUUGUAAAGACAAACAUUUAAAAUUGUAUAUUUAAAAAGAAUGGACAUGUAAAAUUAAAGACACACUUUUGUUGGGUACAGAUCGAUUCAGAUGUUCAUAUUCAUUGUGUGUAGUUUUACUUUGGAAACAGUUUUAUUUCCUUAUUUUUUGGGUUUGUUUUUUUUUUGUUUUGUUUUUUUUUUUGCUCAACUACUUGCUACCGUUCGUUUUAAGUGCAGAUGCAGAUUACAUCUUUUGAUUCCCGUUCCCUCCCCAGUCUACUUCCUCCGUGUAGCAGCAGUGUACAACAACUAUUCCUGUAUAUUGCCUUUUUGCUGAAAAAUGUAUGUUGAAUAAAAUUUUCUAUAAAAGCUA